GACACGGCGAUUCGACGACCGGUCAGUAGCUCCCAGGCAGUUGUAGUGUGCGAAUUGGAUAAAAACGUACUUUUUAUAAAUGAUAGAUUUGUAAAAAAAAAUUAUCAUUUGAUGAUUGUUAUUAUAUUAUUUUUUUAAACUAUCUAAAUAAUUUAUCGAUGUUAUUGAAAUAAAAACAGUGCAAUUUAAUUGUAAAAUUAAAGAAAAAUAUCAGAGAAACAUCAAAUUGUUAUCAGCUGCCGGAUAAUCAUGUAGCCAAAGACUAAUAAGCAGAUCGAUUCAGCGACAUUAAGGACAUGAAAAUCGCGACGCUUGGUCAAAAAAAACUUAGUCAGUGUCUUAUAACAGCCACGCCCCCGAUCACGUUAAUGCCAAUGAGCCAUGAUACCCAGGAUACCAAAGGGCCGACGUGGAAACGCACCGUCGGCGGAUGAAGGACGCUAGUAGAUUAACGCUGAAAUUAACACUUGGUCGAGUUGAUGUGAACGAGCAGGUGAAAGAGACGUUGGAUGGAGCGAUGAGCGCUGCCCCCACUAGGGGCCAAUCGCCCCGACGUCAGAAGCAUCACCACCGUCAUCGACAUCAUCGCCAUCAACGACAUCCAAAUUUGAGGAAUAACAAUAAUCAUCAUCAUCAUCUUCAUCAUGGACACAUGUGCCAUGGCCGGUGUCAACAUUCUUCGCAAGAAUGUCAAGAAACAUUACACGAUAGUUUGAGGAGUAGUAAGAAACGAACUCGCAAUGUAGAUAAUCAAAAAGAAGAAGAGGAAGAGGAAGAGGAAGAACAAAAAUUAACAGAAAAACGUCCAAAAGUAAAUCCAAUUUUUCUCUGGGCGCUUCAACGAGAACAGAAAAUUAUUGAAGUGCGAUGUGAGGAUUAUGAUAAACGAAAUAGAAUAAAAUUAACUAAGACUGCACAUGGUUGGAGAUCUAUUCCAAGGACUUCAUCUAAUAGUUAUAGUGCGUGUUGUUGCAUUGGAUCUAGUUAUCUUCCAACCACUAAAGAUAAUAAAUUAUCACUUUUGUCACCUUCAGUUACUUCUAGCUGUGUUCCUUGCACCAUGUCAUCUAAAACCUUAUCUUCACCUCCUUCUUCAUGUUCCGAGUCUACUUCUUUCUCCUCAAGAUCCUCACUUAGUACUGUUAAGUCUCAGAAAGAUAUAAAUUGUGUUAAAAAAACUCGAAUGAAGAAGAAGAAGAUAAGUAAGAAGAGGACUCGUAGACGAAGAACAAGAUGUCAAGUAUCUGAUGAUGAAAGUGAUGCUACAAGAAGUUCAUGUAGAAAUUCAAGAAUGAGUUAUGAUAUAUUUUGUGAAGAUGAUCAACAUGAGGAUCCCGAUAAUGUACAUUACAAUAGGCCGCAUGAGAAGUUUGAUGAAUAUGAAUUUGAAGAUGAAGAAGAAAAUACAAGGUUUAUAAGUUAUGGAAGGACUUACAGGUUAAUUGACUUAGAAAAGUUAAAAAAAAAUCAGUUACUUCAACCUCGAGUGGUUUUAGAGCCUUUGAACACUGCGAGAUUACAUCUGGCAAGAUUAAACGCAUCUUCAAAGGCUUUGGAUGAUGAAAUAGAGAUGAUUGUUGAAGAUGAAGAAGAAGAAGAUGAAAUAGUUGAAAAUAUUAAAGAUAAUAGAAUAAAUGUGGAAGGAAGUGAGGAGUUCAUAUCAAACCAUGAAAAGAAAAAUGUUGAUACAGAAGACGAAGUUGAAGAAAUUGAAGACAAAGAAGACAUUGAAGAACUUGAUGAAGGAAGUGUAUCAGUUUUUGGAUAUGAAGACAGAGACUUUGUUGAUAUGAUGGAUGAAAGUGAAUUUCAAGAACGUGAAGAUAAUAUUUUAAAUUCCAUGGAAAAACUUCCACCGGUACCUGACCAAACGUUUUAUGAAAUUCCAAAUUCUCAUCAUCGGCCAAAGCCUAAGAAGAAAUCUUAUUUAGAAGAUAACAUCGAAGAAGAAGAAGAUAUUAUGGAUAAUGUUCCAAUAAAAAAUCAAAAGAAACGUGUACCUAGAAGUAUUCUUCAAGUACCCGAUCUAAAACCUAUUAGUGAAUCGUUAGGAAAAAUAUCACCAAGAUCUUCUUCAGUAAAUUCUCAAACGAAUCAAACGUAUUUACGGGUGCUCCCAAGUCCACCAUGUUCUGUAACAUGUUCGGAAGAUGUUUCUCAUUCUGAAAUAGUGAAAAGUUCGAUAAGCCAAUCAACGAGUGAAAUAAAACAUCAACGGAGAGAAGCUCCGGAUUUAAUAGAAGUAAAGCCGACAGAAUGGAGAAGACGAGAAUUAUUAAGACCAGCAAAUCAACUUAGGGAAUUGAUAAAACGAUCAGGAGGAUCUAUUCCAGAUCCUCUUCUUGUACCAAGAGAUCAUUUACCUAUUCUAGCAGCGUCACCAGCAACAGAAAUCCCAAGACUGCUUAUCACAAGACCGGAAUUGCGAUUACCUGAAGCUUUAUCACGUCCAGAAUUUUUAACAGAUCCAGACUUGCUGGUGAUUUCCCUAGCGCAUCUUCAGCAAGUAUUGGAUACAGUCCCUAAAUCUAAGAGUCAUCUAAAAGAAAAAAAUAAGCUAAGUCAUCACAAAAACUCUUCAACAUUGUCAGAGAGAGGUGUAGAGAAAAAUAGAUUGUCUUGUAAGCCAAUAGGAAGCUUGAUGCCGGCUCCAAUGGACUUGUCUCGCCACUCAACAGUUCAUUCAGCUCAAAAUUCUGUUUUGAGGGUACGAAGUGGAUUACUCAGACGUGACACUGAAGUUACCUCAACAGCUAGACUUCCUGGUGAUGAUUUGAGACUUUGGCAUCCCCUAUUUAAUUGCAGACAAAAAGAUCAGGAAUAUUUGAAUUUAAAACUUCCUCUUCAGCCGCAGGACAAGUUACAACAACCGGAAAACUAUCAACAACAACAAGACUCCAGCCAGCAGCGUGUUUCCUGGCACCGAACCACGUUAGCAUCCUGACAAUCAAUAAAUUUUCAAAACGUUGAUGAACUCAAUGAAGCGAAGAAACAGAGUCCAUCUCAAGGGCAGUAGCAAAAAUGCAAAAAAAAUAGUGCAAUAGUAAAGGUGUGUGCAAUGAAAUAAAUAAAAAAAAUAGUAAAUAAGAGCAAGAGAGAAAAAAAAAGUGAGAAAGGAAUUACUUUUGUUUUUAUAGUAUCAUUACAUUGCUUCUGUUAUAUUUUUAAACUCCCUCGGCAUUGGAUAUGAAAAAUUGUAAAAUGCGUUUAAUAAGACAAUUAUAUUCUUGAAUUGAUAUCAGCAAUUUUGAAGUGUAUCAAUUGCAGUGCAUCAAUUUACCGUGAUGAAAGGAGAGAAGAGUAAAGAAAAAGAAUUAGAGAUACGGUAUGAAAGAAAUAAUUGUGAAUGCCGCAAACAAAUUUUUUAACUAUUUGAUAGGUUUUAUUUCUCCUGUCAUGUCGUGAAGUUGUGGUACCAAAUGCAUUUUAGUAUAGCUUUUAAUUGUAUAAAAAUAAUGAAAUAAUUAAUUAAUCAGUUAAUAAAUGAUUAAACUAUUACAUGAGAAAUUAACUUAAUCUAGACAUUUAUGGGAUAGAUGAUAUGAUGAUGGUUUGAAAAAUCCUUUGUGAUAGUGUGAUAGAAAUUAUUCCCAGAAAUAUAUUUUUGUUGAUGAUUUAAUUUUUAUUUUUAAUAAUAAAAAAAGUUAAAAUUUUUUCUAUUUUGUUAGAAUGUACGAAACAAAACAAAUUUAGUCCAACAAAUAAUUAUUUUUUGCUUUUAUUUAGGCUCUAUAUUUAAAGUUACUGUUAUUAAGUUAAUUGGCAGUUGAUUUUUCUAUUAAGAAAAGUAUUUGAGUUAUCAGAUAAUCUUGGUUCAAAAUUUAAUUGUAAAUUAAAAUAAAUACUGUUUUAAAGUUGAUUAAGUGAAUUUGAUAGCUCAAAUAUUCAUAAAAAUAUUUGAUAAUAUCCAUACCAAACAGUCAUGGAAUAUAUUAUUUCACAUUAUGUUUACUUGAUUUAUUCAGCACUUUUUUAUUAUGUUAUUCACUAUAAUUAAUAAAAAUUUUACUUGAAUGUACCAACCAAUUUAAUGGCCCAGGUGCUAAUCUAUAUUUUUAAACAUUUUUUGUAGCAAAAAAAAUUUAUAAUACUUGUCUAUGUGCAAUAUGGUAGUAAAUAAUGAUAAAUAGUUAAUUAUCAUUUUAAUAAUAAAAUAAUAGUAAUGAUAAUAAAAAUAAUAGUAAUUAUAAUAAUUAUGAUAUUAAUAUUUAUAAUAACACAAAAAUCGGAUUUCAAUAGAAAGAAAAGCUAAACUGUAGAUAAAUUAACUUUUGGCUAGAUGAUAAAUGUUUUAUACUUGUAUUCAGAUUUGCGCAUCAGUAUGAGAAAUAAUACAUAAACGAAUUACUGUCGCAAACUAAGAUUUAUACUUUAUCUCGUAUUGUAAAAAAAAACAUCUCUAAUAGAAAAUAAUAACUUCAACGAGGGACCGUAAUUCUUCAUGUCAAUUUCUUUAAUCUGCAUAAGCCACUCAAUAUAAUCUUAAUAAUUUGAAAUGAUGUAAAAAAAAUUUUUGAGAUGUAAGAAUGGUGAUAAAAAAAUCAUUUUUCUAAAACCAUAAUUUUACGAAAGAAAAACUUAUGAUACUUGUUGAAUAUUUGCAAACCCGUAUUGUAUGUAUGUAUAAUGUGUAUUAAACUUUCACAAUUAUUAU